AACAAGGAAACUGAAGCGAUCUCUCUGAUUCUGUUUCUGUGUUUAAUGGCCAAUAAUGAAGAUGGAGAAGUUGGGUUCGAAGAAGGAAUUCCACUGCUACCUUCUCAUAUUCUACAUGAAGCAAUAUGGGAAACCAAGGAAUGCCAACACCACCAUCAUCAAUUUCGUAAUCUUUCUAAAUUGCCUCUGCAGCCCCAACAACUGCGCUCAAAAUCUAGCCCAAGACCUCAUCUUAGAACAAAAUAUCCUAAUUGGGCAUCUGGAGUCCACGGAAUGCAAGCUAUUUUUCUUGAUUCCGGUAAAAAAUCAUGUGGAACCGGAGUUUUUCUUCCAAGAAGAGCAGGCACAAACUUGCAAUCCAGCAAGAAGCCAGCUUGCUCUCCUGUUCUUUUACCUGCGCGUGUUGUUCAAGCUCUCAAUCUCAAUGCCCAUGAAAUAGGCCUGCAGAUAUCACGCCGGCAAGAUGCCAAGAAUAACUCAAGAGGCAGAGACUGCAAUUCAAUCAAAAAUAAAAAUAGCAAAGAAGCAUCAGCACAACAUUGCGUGGUAUCACAGAAUGAAAAUUCUUCACCAGAGAUAUUUCUUCCCAAAGAAUGGACUUACUAGCACCUAAAAACCGCCUGCUAUGCUGAAAAUCCAUAAAAGCAAAAGCUAAUCUCAAUUUGUGCUUAUUAAACCCCAUUUGAUGGUGCAAUGUAAUUUAAAUAAUGACAGCACAAAUGUCCCUUCAAUGUUGCAUUUGUUCGUAUGGUCCACAUCUUUAA